UUUGUCAGUGUCCGGAAGCCGAACCGUAGAGUUCUGAACGAACCCGACCCGGUCCCGCUGGUCCUCCUCGGCAGCAUCAUGGCCGUCAGAGCCUCCUUUGAGAAGAACAACGAGGUGGGCUGCUUCGCCAAACUCACCAACACCUACUGCCUGGUGGCCAUCGGCGGCUCGGAGAACUUCUACAGCGUGUUUGAAGGGGAGCUGUCAGAAACCAUCCCGGUGGUCCACGCCUCCAUCGCCGGCUGUCGUAUCAUCGGCAGGCUGUGCGUCGGUAACCGUCACGGCCUCCUGGUUCCCAACAACACCACGGACCAGGAGUUGCAGCACAUCAGGAACUCUCUGCCGGACGCCGUCAGGAUCCAGAGGGUGGAGGAGAGGCUUUCUGCUCUCGGGAACGUCAUCGCCUGCAACGACUACGUGGCUCUGGUUCACCCCGACCUGGACAGGGAGACGGAGGAGAUCCUCGCAGACACUCUGAAGGUGGAGGUGUUCCGUCAGACGGUGGCGGAGCAGGUCCUGGUCGGUUCUUACUGCGCGUUCAGCAACCAGGGAGGCCUGGUCCACCCGAAGACGUCCAUCGAAGACCAGGACGAGCUGUCGUCUCUGCUGCAGGUCCCUCUGGUGGCAGGUACCGUGAACCGGGGCAGCGAGGUGAUCGCGGCGGGGAUGGUGGUGAACGACUGGUGCGCGUUCUGCGGCCUGGACACCACCAGCACCGAGCUGUCCGUCAUCGAGAGCGUGUUCCGACUCAGCGACUCGUCGCAGCCCUCCGCCAUCGCCACCAGCAUGAGGGACUCUCUGAUCGACAGCAUGGCGUAAAACCACUGCCGCCGCGUGGAGCCGUGCACCUGCAGCUGCUGGACUCUUCACCUGCAGCUGCUGGACUCUUCACCUGCAGCCCUCCUCCAUCAGUGCAACAGUUAGAACAUGUUUACUUCAGAACACCUGUAGCUUUAAAGGCUGAAACCUUCAGCUGAUGUGCAGUUUUUACCCUGAUGGUCUCAGAGGGGUGGGGUCUUUCUGAUGGCUUGUUUCUGUCAAACCGGACUUGGUGGAUGUUGUUGAAACUGUCUCUGUAAAAUAAAACUGAUCUCUCUUUAUCUGAUUAACGUUUUAAGGAAAAUAAAAUGUUCUGACGGCUGUAUUUUU